GCUGGAGAGAAGGAGGUGGGUUUUUCCUUCACUCUCUCAUUUUCUCCGUUUGGAAAUACUCGGGGAUUUUUAAAGAGGGAUUUCUGCAGGGUUUCGGAUCGCGGAUUUCUUUCUGCGGUUGAUUAAUUUCCUCUCGAAAGCACAAGUCUGACUGGUUGCCAUGACGACAGAGGCGGGGUCAGAGGCGGAGGUGAAGACGGAUCCGGAGCCGGAGGAGCAGCAGGUCGAAGCCCCCGGAGAGAGCGCGCAGAACCCGGACACGGAGCCUCAGCCCGCUUCGGAGAACCCUGAGGACGCGAAGGCGGAGCCUGUCGAGCCCACAAGCCCCUCCCCUUCCAGCAGUCAGAAGAAGGACAAGGGCAUCUCUCGCUUCCUGCCCUCAUGGGGCAAACGGCAAAAAUCCCUCAGCCAAGUGGAGUCUAAGGACACGCCCACUCAGACACAGGAAGAGGAGGAGCCUAAAGGAGAGGGCGCGGCACCCGAGAGGAAAGACGAGCAGAACUCGGUGUGCAGCACGGAGACGCAGCCAGCGAAAGAGGCAGAGUCUGAGAAGAAAGGCGGAGACGGAGAGGACACCGCCGUCGUGAUUCCGCACAAACCGAAGGUGAAGAAGAUGAAGAUGGUGGUGUGUCAUGUGACCCUGCUGGACGGGAACCAGUUCCAGUGUGAGAUCGAGAAACGAGCCAAGGGUCAGGUCCUGUUCCAGGAGGUGUGUGGGCACCUGAACCUGCUGGAGAAGGAUUACUUCGGCUUGAGCUUCAAGGACAACGCAGACCAGAGAUGCUGGCUCGAUCCUAAUAAGGAGAUCAAACAUCAGAUACGCAACUCGCAGUGGCAGUUUGCGUUUAAUGUGAAGUUUUAUCCCCCGGACCCCGCGCAGCUCAGCGAGGACAUCACCAGGUAUCUUCUGUGCCUGCAGCUGAGGCAGGACAUCGUGUCGGGCCGGUUGCCGUGCUCCUUCGUCACCCUGGCUCUGCUCGGCUCCUACACGCUGCAGGCCGAGCUCGGGGAUCAGGACUCGGCCGAGCCGCACGUCCACGCCGUCUCCGACUUCCAGCUCGCUAAAGAGCAGACCAAAGAGCUCGAGGAGAAAGUGCUGGAGCUGUACAAGUCACACAGGGGAAUGAGUCCAGCUCAGGCUGAUAUUAAUUUCCUGGAAAAUGCCAAAAAGCUCUCCAUGUACGGUGUCGACCUUCAUCAGGCAAAGGACUCGGAGGGUGUAGACAUCAUGUUGGGAGUGUGUUCGAGCGGCCUGCUGAUAUACAAAGACCGUUUGAGAAUCAACCGCUUCGCCUGGCCCAAGAUCCUCAAGAUUUCUUACAAACGCAGCAACUUUUACAUCAAAAUCAGACCGGGAGAGGCAGACCAGUUCGAGAGCACAGUGGGAUUUAAGUUGCCGAACUAUCGCGCCGCUAAAAGGGUUUGGAAAGUCUGUGUGGAGCAUCACACCUUCUUCAGGUUGACGAAUCCCGAGCAGCCCACUAAGUCGAAGUUCCUGACUCUGGGUUCUAAGUUCCGUUACAGCGGGAGAACCCAGGCUCAGACCCGACAGGCCAGCUCUCUGAUCGACCGACCCUCUCCUCACUUCGUCCGCACGGCCAGCAAACGCAGCUCACGCAGCCUCGACACCGCUUUAGUGAGCGAUCGUGGCCACGCCCCCGGCGAGAACGGUCGGGACCCCGCCCUGGAUCUCUCCUCCGACUCCAAGAUUCCGCAGGUGGAAGAAGGGGCGGAGCCUGUGGAGGCCAGAGCCGGAGAAGUCGGUGCUGAACUCGUAGCUGAGACUGGAACAGAUGGAGCUGAUUCCUCCGAAACCAAGAGCAAGCUGAGAGUGCAGGGAGAGAAUAUUUAUGUCAGACAUAGCAAUCUAAUGCUGGAGGAUCUGGAUAAAACUCAGGAGGAUGUUUUGAGGCAUCAGGCUAGCAUUAGCGAGCUAAAGCGCAGUUUUAUGGAGGCGGCUCCGGAGCCCCGGCCCAGUCAAUGGGAAAAGCGUCUGACGGGCAGCCCCGUCUCCACCAGCCUGCGCCCGCCCGUUCCAGGGAUAAGCCCCGCCCACCUCGAGAGCGCCCUGUCUGACAUCAGUGACAUCAGCAAGAACGAACAGAAUUCAGGGCUUAACGGUCAGCCCGAGGUUAUAGAAGUAGUGGAGGAAAAUAAAAGCACGGAUGAGGCCGAAGCAGACAAGCCCCAAAGCCCCGCCCCUGAUGUGUCGGAAGUGGUAACUGCGGUUACCCAGAAAGCCCCGGAAGCCAAGGAAGAGGAGGUGGAGCCAGAGAAGAGCGGCACGUCAGAGAGCGAGAGCGAAGACGAGGCGGAGUAUCACGCUCAGCUUCCCGCCUCUACAGAUUCCACGCACGUCAUCACGGAGGAGCCUGAAGAGGUGGAGCUUACCGAGGAAGUCGUCAUAACCGCAGAGGUAGAGCCACAGUCGGUCCACUGCGAGCCCGUCAAACAGGAGGAGACGCAAGCGAUCGCGGAAGAGGAAGUCUCCGGAAAUGAAGUCAUGGUGACCCUUAAUGAGGCACCCAACGGUCACAGCGAUGACCCCGAAUCUCCGCCAGCUCCCUGCGCUAUUGCUGAGGAACCUUGCUUCAUCAACGGCGACUCGUCUCACGCGGAAACGGAGCGUGUCCCGCAGGUGAUCUGUUGCUCGGAGCCCCCGGUGGUAAAAACAGAAAUGGUGACCAUCUCGGACACGUUCGCGGCUCAGAAGACGGAGAUCACCACCAAGGAGGUUCCCAUCGUCCACACGGAAACCAAGACCAUCACGUACGAAGCCGCACAGUUGGACGGUGCCGGAGACGGCGAGCCCGGAGUGCUCAUGACGGCUCAGACCAUCACUUCAGAGUCUCUGUGUACAACUACGACUACACACAUCACCAAGACACUAAAAGACGGGGUGUCGGAAACACGGAUUGAGAAGCGCAUCGUCAUCACAGGCGACUCGGACAUCGAUCACGACGAGGCCUUAGCCCAGGCCAUUAAGGAAGCCAAAGAGCAGCACCCGGACAUGUCGGUGACCCGUGUGGUGGUGCACAAGGAGACGGAGCUGGCCGAGGAGGACGAGUGAAGGUGUGGUCCCGACUCCUGCGUCUCAUCUGUCCUUCCGUUUCAGACGGAGCUCUUUCCCUGCGUUCUCCAUGCGAGUGAUCGUCUCUCACGCGCAGGACAAGAGCGCGGACGACGCCGAUACUACGUUCAUCAAUGUUUAAAAAAAAAAAAAGAAAGAAAAAACCCGACCACUUCAGCUAACGUUUUUGUAGCGUUUAUUACUGUUUUUAUUAUUUUUAUUUGACUUUUCCCCCUUAAAACAUUGUUCGUUAAGUUUAUCAAGUCCAAAUCAGAGUGUUUUUGUCCCCCCCCGACAUCCCCCCACCCCCCAAGUUUAGCAUUACGAUGAAUUUUUACAGAGUUGUUAUUGAAUCUGUCUUCUAUACUGAAUACUCUCUCGCUAUAUCCAUGUAUUAUAGGAUACAGGCAAAUUACGGACUGUUUGUUUUUAAGUAGGAGGGGGUUCAUGUUCAGGAGAAGUAGGCGGGGCUUCAGAUGAACCUCCCUCUCACGUAAGGGACCAGAGUCAGUUUACUCGCAGUGCCAAUCAUUUCUCUAUGCAGACACACACUCACACAUUCCACCACAAGGAGGCGCACUUCGUCUACCUCUAUUAGUAAAAAAAAAAAAAAAAGAAUUAAUAAUAACCGUAUAGAAAAAUUAUACAAAACCGAUACAAAACAACCAAAAAAAGAGAGAUUUCCUGAAAACUCUGGGCAGCUCAAAGUGUUUCGUUUUUUCCUACACAGAAUAUACUCUUCCUUUAAAAGAAAAAGAAAAGAAAGAAUAAAAAUCCCCAUCAUGUUUGUACUGAAGAAACAGAUCUCGUCAUCGCCCCUUUUUUAGACGUUUUAUUACAAACCUUCUUUUUUCCCUCUUCAGUUAAUUUUUCACCACAUCAAAAUUUUACAACAGGAUAAAAUUGAAAAAAAAAGCAACAAAUCGUACUCUACUUUCUCUCCUUCCUCCACAUCUCGAGGUUAUUCAUCUCUCCGCCUCCUUUUCAGCUUGUUUUUAUCUGUUUUUUUUUUUGUGUCCGCGGUUCCACCCUCUCUCCGUUUCCCCGUGUCCUCUCUUUGUGUAACACUGUUCAAAUAAAAGUUUGUUUAUUCUCUAA